CUUUGCAGUUUGAGGUUGGUUGUUCUUUUGUUGACACAAACUGCAGUCUUCCGCAGCCACCUUUUACAGUUCAUUUAAGAGAAAAGUCUACUUUGGUUUGGUAGAUCGAAAGUCUUUAAAAAGGUGCUUAAGAUGGUAAUGUGGGUACACAAUCGACGCUAAACAGGGCAGUCAAUAUGUCAAGCCUCAUAAUAUUGGAGUCGGAUGCAGGGGAACUGGGAGACAUUGAUGACAGACUUCAGAAAGAUGGCUACAGAACCAACCUUCCAGUUGAGCACAAACUUCGCUAUUUUUGGAGACAGUUUCUUCGAUCUGAAACCAGUCUUAAAUCCUCUCUGGAGAGUGUUGAGCAGCUGCGUAAACAGCAUGGAGAAGAAAUGAUCGAGGUGGAGAACUAUGUUGCACACAUAAGACAACUGUCAGAUGAAAGAGAAGCAUUGACUCAAGAACUGGAGACUGAAAACGAGCAGCUUAAGGCAGAACUUGAGCAAAUGAAAGUUGAAAAAGAGGCAGGAGCUUAUGUCUCAGAGGAUAUAUGUGACUUGUUAACUGAGUCUGGCUUGACGCAAAUCGGAAGAGACACUAAUCCAGUUAAGGAACAGGUGAAUUACUUGAUAAAGGAAAGAGCUUCACUGUCAGAGAAAGUAAAAAGUCUUGAACUUGAUAAUGAAACACUAAAGAAUAAUUCAAACUCAGAGCAGUCAGAUAAGCGGCUAAUGAAAAUUAUGGAGGAAGAGAGGAAAGACAUGGAAGAGGAGAUGAAUAGAAUGCGCGAAAUGAUGAAGCAAGUGAAACAGGAAGAAAGGAAGAUUCAUGAACAAGAAGUAAAGAAAGUUACAGAUGAGAAUGACAGCUUGAGAGCCCAGCUGGAUAAAGUUGAAAAACAGCAUAGUGAGGACUUGAAAGAACUAAUUAACAGACAUCAAGGAGAAAAAUUGAAAUUGCUGGAGGAAAGAGACCAAGAGAAAGAAAAAACUACUGCUCAUGCGGGCAAGGCUGAUAGAGUAAUGGCAGAAGUUGAGGAGCUGAAAGGGAAAAUGAAAUCCAUUGAACUUGAGAAAACAUCUCUACAAACCACAGUACAGUCACUGGAAGAGGAAAUUGAUAAAGAAAAGGAAGAAAUUAGUAAAACAAAAGCAUCUCAAGAAGCUUCAAUCAAGAAACUCAAAACAGAACUAUCUGGCACUAAGCAAAAGCUCCAAGAGACAGAGGUAAAACUCAAAACAAUUGAAGAGGAAAAGAGGACCGUUGAAACUCGGCUACAGGUGGCACAAAAAGACCUUACAACCAUCCGUGAUCGGGAAGCAAAACUAUCCAGUGAGAAGGACAAUGUUUUGACUGAAGCUAAAUCUUCAACUCAAAAGCAACAAAUUAGAAUACAGCAACUUGGUGAUGAAAAUAGCAGUCUGAAAGAACGACUUCAGACAGCAGAUGAUACCAUUGAACGACAGAUGAAACAGAUUGAAAAUCUAACCUUACAGCUUGGAGAGGCAGAGAGGAAUCUUGCAGAGAAAGAAGAAGAUAUGGAGUCUUUAGACAAAUCAUCUAAAGAUGAGCUCAACACACUGAAGGCAAAACUAGCCAGAACCACAAGUGAAGCAACCACUUUGAAAGAGGAACUGUCUGAAACAAAGCAAAGACUUAACAAGAUUAUGUCUGACCACAAGACUAAUGAAAUCAGUUAUCAGGAAAAGCUAAUGGCAGAGUCUGGCCGCAGCAAGAGUGCUGAAGAAGAGAAGGAACUAUUGCGUGAACAGAUUGUUGACUUGAGAAAGGAUCUUGAAGCAUCACUGGCAGCUAGUAUGAGCAGAGAGAAAGAAACCAUGGAACAGACUGCAGCUUUGGAAAAAGAGAAGGAAAAUCUAGCAAGAGAACUUGCCUCUUACAUCAAUAAGGAAAAGGACAAGUCAAAGAAAACUGAUGAGCUAACUGUACAGUUACAAUCAAUGGAAAAUGAAAAGACUUCCCUUCACGCUGUUGUGUCCACACAAGAAAGACAGAUUAGUGAUCUCAAUAUUAAGCUGGAGAAAAUGGAUGAGAAGUGUGCUGAGUUUGAAGAGCAACUGCAAAAAGAACAGAACAGAACUUUAGAGUUAAGCACACGAUACGAAUUCACUCAAGAGAGCAGCAGCUCUGCUAAACAAGAAGUAGAUCAGCUUAAAGAGGAGGUGAAAGUGAUGUCUGCACAACUUCUUAGACAGCACAAUGCUUCCUUGGAUAGUCAAGCCAAGUAUGAGAGGCUAAUUGUGGACAUGCGCAAUGAGAUCGAGCGUGAACGAGAGAAAUCCUCCGCAGAGCGUCACUCCUUGGCGAGUCAGUUAGAGCAAGCAACCCGGGAAAGUAAAGAUUUAAGUGCACUUUUACGAGAAAGAGAUGAGGAGCUUAUUGCCCUUCGUGCAGAGCUCACCAACGCUAGUCACACUGGAACCAAGGCUUCUACAGCUCUGGAGUUUGAGAGCAAAAUGAGAGGAAGCCUGGAAAACAGGACAGCGCAACUAGAGAAUGAGCUCAGUAAGGCCUGGGAACAAAUUAAGGAAUUGUCUGAGAAGGGAUCCAUGUUGGAGACAACAAAGAGGCACCUAGAAAUUGAACUGGAUAAGAAAAUGCAGCAGCUGCGUCAAACAGAAAGUACACUUCAUAGGAGACAAGCGGAACACACUGCAGUUCUGGUUGCUAAGGAUACUGCUCAACAACAAGCAGAGCAGGCUGAGACUAAGUUGGCAGUUUUAAGGCACGAGUUCGAGGGAAUCAGUGAAAAGUUGGAGCUCACACAAUCAGAACUGAGGCUUGCAAAUGAGCAACUGGCUGAAAUGAAGCUUACUUCUGAAGAAAAUAACACUCUAAGAGUUCAUCUGGAAGAGGAAGAGGUUAACAAGGGAAUACAACAUCAAACUGUUCAAGAACUAGAAAAACAAGUCGAACUUCUUCGUGAUAGAGAUGCUCAGCUGCAAUACACAGUCAAAGAACAAGAGGCUAAGAUAGAGGCGUUGAAACAGAAAGUCAGGAAUACUGGAGAUAAGCAUAAGCAAAAGGAAGAUGAUGCAAAGUCUCUGACAGAAAGAGUGAACGAGUUCCAACAAGAAGUGGAGUACUUACAGGGAGAGUUGGUUAACGCUGCGGAAAGAAUUGAUCAACUACAGAGGAAAAACGACGAGAGAAAAACCAAGGCUCAUGCCACAAUCAGAUCACUUAAGGAUAGAUUUGCACGUGAAAAGAGAAACCUCGAAUCCACAGUGCUGUCCUUACAGAGCAGUUUGGAGCUGACUCAGGAGAGAAUGAACAAGGAGGAAGAACUUAAGGGCACAACACAGGCCGUUCAAAAGCAGCUCAUGGGAGAGAAACGAGAGCUACUUGCGAAAUUAACGGACAGCGAGGAGGUUAUCCGGGAACAUCUGAGAAGUUUACGCCAAAGGGAGGCUGCACUGAACGCGUUGGAAAAAGAGAAUUUUGAACUCCACGACAAAGUUAACUUGCUAGUGCAAGAAAAAAGUACCAUAUCAAGAGAACUUGAGAAAACCAAGGCUCUUCUAUCAAGUUCAUAUACAAGCCCCAAAGCAUCAGGACCCAUUGACUCUCAAGCACUUCAGAGCGCUUUGGCGCGCCUGAAUCAGGUGGAUACACUGGAGAGGUCCUUUUCAUCGAGCUCUCCUGACUUGUACUCCCCUGAGCACAGGUCCCCAGAAAGAACCAUGGCAGGUAACGCACUGAAUGGUUCUUUCAACGGUUCAUAUCGGCCGGGACAGAUGAAUAGCACAGUACAAUGAUACAUUGGGUACCCUGUGCACACAUACUGUGGACGCUUCUGUGAACAAUCCUGCAUGCGUACGUCAAGAGCGGGGUUCCUUUAUAACAAAAACACAUAUUUUUGUAUUUGUUUUAUUUUGUGAAAACAACAGUCCUUAGAUGGAAAGAGAUCAUCAACUGAUACUGGCGAAAAAGGAGCGAAAAUAUAACCGCUACCCAAAUAGGAAGCAAUCCCUAUUUGGUUUCCUCACUUUUGGAGUGUUACUGUUACAGUUUACACCAUCUGUUGAUAAGGAGAUUGUUGAAAUGACCGGAGAGUGAUCUCAAGCCUAUUACUUGCACCUAGAAAUUGAGAGCGAUUAUUUAUGAACCAUUCAGUCUUGUCUCUUGAUACAUCCUGCAACCACCAAACUGACUGAGAUAAGGAUGAACGGGAAAAAGGAUCGCUGACUAGUUUUUUUGUUUGUUUGUUUGUUUG